AUGAGUUCGAGGGCGUUAAGAAGACUUGAGAAUAAUCGUGGUCUCAAAGAGGCUUUAAGUGACUCUGUUAGUGGAUCUGAUGAGGAAGUGGUCUACUCUGCUCCAAAAGUGAAUGCUUUUGCGUUGCUAGGCGAUGAAAGUGAGCAAAGUGACGAAAGUGACGAAGAUAAGCAAGAGAAAGGGAUUGACGAUGAGGCAUUAGAGACCGCACAGGCUGCUCGGGCUAAACAGACAUCUACGGCCAGAAAAAACAAAAAGAAAAAGGCAAAAGGAAAGAAAAAGACUGACCCCAAGGGCAUUGAGGGCGAUGAAGACUUGGAUCGCUUCUUGGAAGAAGUCAGAAAGAGAGACCAGCAGAAUGCUCAAAGUGCCUCUCCUGAGGUUGAGGAUGAUGUUGAUGGUGAGUACCAGUACAACUUAGAGGAUCCACCCAUCUGGUACGAAGACUCCAACUACCUCUACUUCACCACAUCUAGACUCAAGGAAUGUCUUCCUCUCCUCUCGAUUGGAUCGUCCAAAAAUCUAGAUCCAGAUACAGAGCUCAAAAACUUGUUUGGAAAUCUCUCGUUGGAAACUAUAGAAGACGCCAAUAGUACAACCUCGUUCGCUAUUUCCCCUGAGGUUUUGGCCCAGUUCAAGAAAUUGGCCAGACUUACAAGAGGAUGGGGAGGCAAGGACCACCGCAGCGUUCCGGGAACAGCUAGAAAGUUGCUCUUUACUCGUAUCAAGGAGGACUGGUUGCCUACCGCACAGAAACCAUUGACCAUGGAGGAGUUGACCACUGAAGAGAUUGAAAAUUGCCUCGUGUACAAGAAAGAAGAUGAAGAGUAUGCUACAAUCGAGAGUAAAAUCAAAAAUGAGGAACGUUUGGGGAUCAAAUACUUCAGGUUUGCCAAAAUCCAAUCUGUGGGAGAACGAGUAGCAAACUCGAAAUUCUAUGCAUCGGUGGUGAUGACUCCAGAUCCAGACUCACUCAUGCAACUCUUGCAACAGCAUCCCUACCAUGUGGAAACGCUCUUGCAGGUCGCCAUGGUUAUGUUGAGACAGGGAAAUAAUAAGGCCACUAGUAAUGCACUUGUGGAGAAGGGGCUCUUUGUUUUUGACCGAAGCUUAAACAAGAGAUUCCAUGAAAUGCUCCAGGAUGGAAAGAACGAGCUCAUUCGUCUCCCGUAUGAGAGUUACAUGAACAGACAGUUCUAUCUCUGUCUUUUCAGACUUAUCACUGGACUUGCAGAAAGAUCCACGUUCUAUACUGCUUUGUGCUACUGUAAGCUCUUGCUUUCAAUGUCGCCAGCAGAAGAUCCCCUUGGAGUACGCUACUUCAUUGACCAUUAUGCCAUUUUGAGUGACGAGGACCUGUAUUUGAUCAAGUUUGUCAACUCUCCCCUCGUCCUGACCUACGGACAGUGGUACACUCCGGGAUUAGCAUACUCGGAAGUGUUGGCCCACUUGAACUUGGGGAACAAUGAAGCAGCAAAAUCGGCCCUUGCUCGAGCUUUCAACGCACAUCCAUAUUGUGGAGCCAAGCUAUACGAAGCUGUGGGUCUAGGAAGUGAGGUUAAACUCGACACAGAAAAGAAUGUCGUUGAUGAGCUUGCUGCUGAAACGUAUCUUGUCCGUGCCCCAUUGUUGUGGAAAGAUCAAGCACACCGCCAAUUCUUACAUGAUGAGCUUCUGGUGUUGAUUGGACUGGGCAAAGCGGCUGGUAAAUCGUGGUUCGGCAAGUUCUUCUCCAGCGAAACGAAAAAGGAGCAACUCAUACCUAUUAAUUUAGUGCGAUUUUCUAUUCUUUCGGGUGAAAAUAAGGUGUUGGCCAAGUUGCCAGAGUCUGUUUUUGAACAAGAUAACGUGCUUGAAUAUGAUGUACUUCCACCUACUGACAGGGCCGCAAGCUACGAUGUAUAUUCAGGAGUCCAGGGUGCCAAUAAGGUGACAGAUUCACUUUUUGAUUAUCUUGACCACAACAUGAUAAGUGCCAUCGUACAGAAUCGGACAGAAGAGAACAUUGAAGAUCUAAUUGCACGGUUUGGUCAGGGUGAAGCACAGGAGGACUUAAUUGAAUAA